CCAACCAACAAAACCAAACCCACAAAAAAAUAUUUUUUGUGAAAGCGUAGCGCGUUUGAAACUACUGCGUCUCAUUAAAAUUUUGUUCAUAUUAAAAAUCUAUUUAAUUAACAAAACAUGUUCAUGAACUCUUGAUUUUCAGAAAUAAAAUUAAAUUAAUCUGGGAAAGAUGGUGUCUACAAGGCAAAUGAGUAGCGUGGGAGGCAGUGGUAGUAGUGAGGGAGCAGGUCCUCACAUCGAGCCAGCGGCAGUGUCGCGCGUGACCAGACAUUCAAGCGCUCUUCUCCCUGGUGGCUCUUCUCCUCACGCCAGCUCGUCAAAGUGCACAACCAUAGUGCCAGCAUCAAAAGCAGCUACAAAUUUUCUUGAUCUGCCAAUUGAAGUCAUAGAUAAGAUCUUUAGCUACUUGGGAUUCAAGACUGUAUCACAAAUGCGAAUGGUGAAUCGACAGUUUAAUACAAUAUGUAGCACUAUUUUAAAUUCAACUUUUCAACGUCUUCAAAAUCAGAUGUUGCACAGAUUCCAAUCAAUAAAAGCAAAGAUGCCACGUCGAGAAUCCGCUCGUAGGAGUCAUCCAUUGGCUUGUGAAUCCGACAUCAUUGAAACUUUGCACAUGAGGCUAAGCCUUCUGCAAAUGACUUUUGGUAAACACAUUGAAAGGAAACAUUGCUGUUUCUUUCCAGGAGAGAUACUGGAUGAGGUGUACAGUAUUUUGUCAUAUUUAAAAACAACAACCAAAUUAGCUAGACCUUAUAAGGUCACUGAUGAGCUUUUUGAUUUAACCACCAUGGCCAUGGAAUACUUCAAAGAGCACAUAGAGCCUAAUUUGCCAGAAAUUACCUAUUUUGGAACUGAUUUCUUUGACAUCACUACUGCAUUUUCACCGGGGGAGAGUAGCAAGUCAUAUAUGUGCUUAGACUCGCCGCCGCCGAGCGGCUUCGAGUCGUCAUCGCAGCAGCAGGGCGGCAGCUCGUCCUGCGACCGCCGCGUGUCCUCCCUCAAUCUGUACAUGGAGGAGAGCCUGCCCCCUUCCCCGCCACCGCCGCAAAGCAAUAUGGUGCUCCGGAAACGGAUACACCGUAUCAAGCAAGGGAUGAAGAAGUACAAUGAUCAGCUAUCGGCAUUGCGUAGUGACCUGCGCAGUUGCAAGCGCAAGACUGCCCUGCAGCAGAAACAGAUUGCAGAACAACAGAAGCAGAUCGCCGAGCAGCAGAAGCAGACGUUAGAAUAUGCUAAUCGCCUGGACGAUUAUGACAAGAAGAAUGAAGAGACUAGCCGCAAAUUUCAAACUCUGUUACAGGAGCUGAACAAAUGCAAGACGGAGCUGCAGUACUGGCGCUCGCGGUCGCCGGCCGUGCCGCCGCUGUGCGCCGAGUGCGGCGCCGAGUUGCGGCUCGAGCCUGCAGACUCGCUCGCGCAGUGGGUGGCCGGCACUAGCGGUACCAGCGGCACCAGCGGCACCAGCGGCACCGGCGGCACCAGCGCGGAGACGGCGGAGACGGAGACGGAGACGGCGAGCGCUAGCAGCAGCCAGGCGGGCGCGGACAGCGCGGGCACGCGGCGCCGCGCGUCGGGCGAGGCGGGGGCGGGGGCGGGGGCGGGGGCGGGCGCGGGGGCGGGGGCGGGGGCGGGCGCGGGGGCGGGGGCGGGGGCGGGCGCGGGCGCGGGCGCCGACCGCAAGAGGCGCCGCCUCACGCGCCCGCGCAAGCAAGCCAACAUCAAGACUGGUACAAGAUUGUACCGCAUGCAAGUUAGUCACGGCAUCUAG